AUGCCGGGUUCUUCGAGAAUGCCUGUUAGCUUGCGCGAGAGCUUCGAUAGCGUGAAGAAGCGAUCUCGGACGAUUGAUCCUCGGCAAGUUUUCAAUGUCGAGAUACUCAAGAACAUUAUUUUCUUUUUCUUCGUACUGCGCAUAGUCCGCCGAACGUUUUGGAAGCUGAAGGGCCGUGGCAUCUUCGGUACCAUAGCAGAAUUAUACUACGAUGUACGACGUGUAUUAUACGGUUAUUUCCUACGCGCCCCGGGAGUUCGGACCCAAGUGCGGAAACAGAUUACCGAAUCGUUAGCAAAGAUACAGGCAAAGAUGAUACCUACCGACAGUACGCGAUACACAACAUUGCCGAAGGAGGGCUGGACGGACGACGCCCUACGAGCCGAGCUCGACACGUUGGCAAAUAUGGAACAUACCAGGUGGGAAGAUGGCUAUGUGUCGGGUGCCGUGUACCAUGGCGAGGAGGAUUUAUUGAAAUUGCAAACCGAGGCCUUUGGAAAGUUUACAGUUGCGAAUCCGAUACAUCCGGAUGUCUUCCCCGGAGUGCGAAAGAUGGAAGCCGAGGUUGUUGCAAUGGUUCUCUCUAUGUUCCAUGCCCCGCCUAGCGCCGCCGGAGUAUGCACCAGUGGCGGUACCGAGAGUAUCUUGAUGGCAUGCUAUGGUGCGCGGCAGAAGGCAUAUGCGGAACGUGGUGUAACGGAACCUGAGAUGAUCCUCCCGGAGACGGCACAUACGGCCUUCCGGAAAGCCGGCGGUUACUUCAAAAUCAAGAUUCACUAUGUACCUUGCCCUGCCCCGACAUACCAGGUCGAUGUUCACCGUGUAUCUCGCCUUAUUAAUUCUAACACCAUCAUCCUUGUCGGUUCUGCACCCAACUUCCCUCAUGGUAUCAUGGACGAUAUCCCGGCUCUAUCCAAAUUAGCCCUGAAGCGCCGUUUACCCCUACACGUAGACUGCUGCCUAGGUUCGUUCCUGGUCCCUUUCCUCGACAAGGCCGGCUUUGAGACGGAACUUUUCGACUUCCGCCUCAAGGGCGUCACUUCUAUCUCCUGCGACACGCACAAGUACGGCUUCGCGCCUAAGGGCAGCUCCACUGUCCUCUACCGCACCCAUGAAUUACGCACGUACCAAUACUUCGUCUCCCCCGACUGGUCCGGCGGCGUGUACGCUUCCCCCGGAAUUGCGGGUUCUCGCCCCGGUGCCCUUAUCGCCGGAUGCUGGACCAGCAUGAUGCGAGUCGGUGAGGCCGGAUACAUCGACUCGUGCGUCAAGAUCGUCGGAUGUGCCAAGAAGAUCGCUGAACACGUAGCAUCGUCCCCCACCCUCGGCGUGGAGCUCGAGGUGCUCGGCCGCCCCCUCGUCUCCGUCGUCGCCUUCUCCGCUCGUAACCUCAACAUUUACGACAUCGCCGACGGCAUGAACGCCAAGGGCUGGCAUCUCAACGCCCUGCAGAACCCGCCCGCUAUGCACGUCGCCGUCACCAUUCCCAUCGUCAAGGUUUGGGAGCGCCUUGUCGCCGAUCUCGAGGCUGUCAUCGAGGAUGAGCGCGAGAAGGAGCGUGUUCGUGCUGUUGAGGGUAAGGCCCUGAAGGGCAAGGCCACGGGCGAUACUGCGGCCCUCUACGGUGUCGCAGGUAGCUUGCCGAAUAAAGCCGUUGUUGUGGAUUUGGCGACGGGGUUCAUAGAUUUAAUGUACAAGGCGUAAUAAGAUUAAGAUGAAUUGUUCUCUCCUCUUAUGCUAGAAUUCGAAGGGGGGGUAGAUCGUGCUAUGAUAGUAUGUACUAUGUAUUAUAGCGGACGGAGCGACUCUGCAGCGACUGGGCAUAUAAUAGGACAGGCAGUGUACGUUAGGAAAAGGGGAAAGCAGGCCGGUCAUCGAGCGGGUGGUCGGGUUCCAUUAUUGGUUCCAUUAUUGGACUUCUAAUGGCUGUACAUAUAUAUAUUUGGCAACGGGUCAACGAGUAUAGGAGAAGGGUAAAUCCUACGAAAGAGGCCGUGAAAAGGUCGAGUUUUCAAAGAAAAGGGGUUCCUACCGUACCUACACUAUGCACAUAUACAUACAUAGGAUAGGUAUGUGUAUAUUUCGUCGCGAGACAUAGCGAGUGAGUGGAUAGUAUAAAAACAACAAAGUCUUCAAUCAAUGCUGUUACUUAUUUAUGUACAUUGCAGAAAGCUGCUCUCCGAAAUGACCCUGUUCAUGCUUUUUAUACACACCAUGCCUUGAUGCAGAGUAGUCGUAUCAUUCCAGCCACCUUUCUCCCACAUCCAUAGUCCCGCCCUGCGCCUUUCGGAAGUA